CAGGCUUUUCUUUGAACUCUUUCUGUCUCGAGCGCUGAGUUUCAAACUACACGCGCGCGUGCUCUCGUGUGCGCGUAUUGGCAACCCUUCGACGCGGAUAUUUGCUCCCACAAGCUUCACGAGACUUCAGCCUCUCCUCGAGCCCUAGCGCUGCAGCCCUGCCGUCAGCAGCAUGGACUAUUGCACGCCCCAGUCCAGUCGACGCCACAACCCUGUGGACAGCAUCUGCCGCAAGCUACAGACCAUUCAGUGGCGUGGUGACCGCAAGCCCAAUUCCCCUUUUCAGAUUCCAAAACUCUCAUCCAACAAUUACGACAGCCCACAGAGUGGCCUCCGGCACAACCUGGAAACCAUCCUGAAGAAAGGGACCCUCCACAGAGACCAGGGGGAGAGUGGGAAGGAGAAAGUGAAGGGGAGAGGGAGAGGGAUGGGUACUGCGGCUUUCCAGAGGCGCAGCCUGGAUCCCUCUGUCCCUCCGCUCACCCCUUCCACCCCAGCAUGUAACCCCUCCACGCCAACUAACAUCACAUACACCAUCACUAGCACUCUCGGCGAGAGGAGAAGUGCUGAUGGGAGUGAUUUAAGACAAGUUGAGACAUGGCAGGGGUAUUGCUCGACGCCGUCCAAAGACACCCCUUACUUUACAUUCACACGAGGAUCACAGUCGGUGCAGCCCGAGAACGAGAGGCCGAGCAGCACGACGCCUCUGAGUCGUACGUUCACCCCAAACCACAGCACCCUCUCCUACAACCUCAACUUCUGCUCAGCGGACAAGGGGAACUCAACAGAGUGUGAGCUGUCCUACCCAGCUCUGGUUGUGAAAAGACUGUCUAUGGGAGAUGGAGGAUCCUCAAUGGCUUCUGAAAACAGGAAGGAAAAUAUGGCAGAAAUCAGCCUAAUCUGUGAGGAGAAUCUCCUCGAUACCAUCUUCCAUGCCUGCGACACCCAGCGCCGAGGUAAAGUGUACGUGUCUCACAUCGUGGACUACCUGCGGCACACCACCAGUCGCAGCUCAGAAGACAGCGGACUCGAGGACCUUUGCAACAUGCUCGAUCCAGAACGCAAAGAUGUCUCCAUUGACCUGGAUACGUACCACGCCGUCAUGAAGGAGUGGAUUGAUGACUGCCGCAACAACGGGGAAGAGACAACAGAUGACAUUGUUCAGGACUCAGUCAAACUCAGGGACAACCUGUCUGCCACAAGGUCCAUGCUGCUCAAUAUGACCUCAGGAAGCUUGGAGGCAUUUGGCGGGGAGGCAUCCAGAGCAGAAUUUGAGACAUCAGAGCUGGUGUAUUGUGUUGCUGACCUUCAGAUGAGCAACCAAAAGCUCCUGGAGGAGGUUAGGAAGCUGAAGCAGGCGGUGGAAGGCAUGGAGGAAGGCAACCAGAAGCUGGCAGAGGAGAAUGAGGAUCUACGCAAUCAGGCCAGGGUUAACCUACAGCUGGCCCAGAAGGAGAAGAUGCUGAAGGAGGAGGUGGAGGAGAUGAAGGCCACUCUGAACUGUACGGAGGAAGGCAGAGCUCGUGCCUCAGCACACUGCAAACAUGUGGAGAGGGAGAACCAGAGUCUUAUUGCCAAGAUUGCUUCUCUUCAGGAAGAGAACUUCAAGGUCACCAUGGAGAUAGACGAGCUCCAGGGGAGGAUAGCUGAGCUGUGUGACAUUAACACUGACCUUCAGGUGCAAAUUCACUCUCUUGAUGCCGUCGUUGGUGAAAAGGAAGCUGGGAUACAAGAGAAGAGAAGACAAAUAAAUGAGCUGAAGUCAACAGUGGAGGAAUACUCCUCCAUCACAGAGCUUCUGAGGGCAGACAAGAGCAAGCUGGAGAACCAGAUGCAGAUGAUGCACCCAUUCCUGUCUGGGGCUGGCCUGUCCGUGGCCUAUAGGUUGAACCAGAGCAGCUCAGGGUCCCUACAGACAGAAUUGGCUUUGGCACAGUCACCACUGGAGGCUUCCCAUGUAGUUGACCAUUUGUCCAAUACUGUCAGCUGCAUCUCCCUGUUGGAUGAGACGCUGGACAGGGAAGUGUUGCUGAUGCUGCAGGGACCCAACCCUGACCACAUGGCUCUGGAGUUCAAGAACCUCAUAAAUACACUGAAAAAGGAUUUCACAGAAGAAACCAACUCCGCCUUGUCUACAGCCUGUGCACAGCCAUCAGGCAACACAGACGCCAGUCUCCAGACGGUGCAGGCCGAGCUGGACGCGAGAAGGGCCGACUGGGCCCUCAGCCUAGACCAGCUGGCCCAGUACACAGACUCACUGGAGAAGGAGCUGAUCAAAAUGGCCAGUAACAUGAGGAGGUCCCGCACCGAGAUCCUGCACCUUUCAGUCAGGGUGCAGGAGCAGGAGAACCAGAAGCGGCAGCUGUGCGAGGAGCUGGAGCAGCUGAAGACUCCUCAGGACAGCAGAGAGGCCUCAUGCCAGACACCUGUACCAGAAGAAGAGCCUGGAGAUGACUUGGACUGGGAUGAGGAAUUUGCCCUUCAAGACUUCCUGAAGAAAGAGUUAGCAGAGAGGAAUUGUAAAGAACAGGUCGAGCGAACGGACCGAGGUGAAGACGAGGAUGUGGAGGAGAAGUGGACGGUGGUGGACACAACUGGAGAGGGAGGAGUGAGGGACACGUCCACUCCUCUGUCUGCCCUCUCUGGGGAGGCCCAGCCUGGCCAUGGUGCAACAGGAGGGGGUCAAGACUCUUCAGCCUGCACAGAGUCAGAGCCAGAGGUGAACUGUCAAUCUUUGCAGGAGGCAGCAGUGCCAUUGAGCACCCACUCACAAGCUGUCAGAAUUAGACACCCAGAGGCGGAUGCUCUCCCUGAUUUGCUCCACUCUGAGAACAACGCUCUAGGGACUGCAGAGUCUCCCUCCUGUGGUCAAACCCAAAAUCUGAGCAAGUCAUCUGAACAGGACCAAACGGUCACACUUAGUAACACCCCUCCCACAGCAUCCCAGAUGGUUCCUCCCAGCAGCACAUCACCUGGACGAGAUGAGACUAUUACCCAGACUGAGAGCACCCAACCGGCCAGUGAGCAGCACCACAGCAGAGAAGAGAAAGAGGGCACGGUGGACUCGAGCACAGCAGUCAUGAGUCGUACUAAGAGCCUGAGCCGGGACCAGUCAACAGACCGAUCAGCAGCGGAGGACGGCACGUGUCUGCUACCUGCGCUACCUGUGUUGUUGGAAGAGGAGGAGAGUACAGCCGAGGUGCCAACAGUAGCCGCCAGCAUGGAAGGGACAGACCGGCUCUCCAGCAGCGGAGCGACCACCUUCUCUGACAGCAGCCCGACUCGGUCAGGAACGCCUGUCGCACAUGGCUUGGGCAGCGCGACCUCUGACCCCAACCAAUCGGAGGAUAGUGCAGCCAAAAAGGACUCCCUCCCCAUAUCUGGCAAAAAUAAGAGGGAACUGGAGCUGUCACGCAGCAUCGAGGAGCCCAAGGCCCAGGAGGACCAAAGUGAGACCAGCAUGGCCACUGAGAAGGAAUCCAAGACGUCAAUGAUCUCAGACACUGAUGGCAUCUCCAAAGAGGACCGGAAGAGCCUGUUACCUAAUGACAAGGAGAUCGAGGCGGAGUUCCAGCGUCUGGCGUUGGGCUUCAAGUGCGACAUGUUCACCUUGGAGAAGAGACUCCGACUGGAGGAGAGGUCACGUGACUUGGCUGAGGAAAAUGUCCGCAGGGAGGUGUCCAGUUGUCAGGGCUUACUGCAGGCUCUGACUCCUCUGUGUGAGGACGACAACCAGUCAAUGGAGAUCAUCCAGAGGCUCCAGAAGAACCUGGACAUCCUCAUCCAGUCCAUGGCCAGGGUGUCCAGUCGCUCUGAGAUGCUCGGAGCUAUUCAUCAGGAGAGUCGUAUUGGUAAGGCUGUGGAGGUGAUGAUCCAGCAUGUGGAGAACCUGAGGAGGAUGUACACUAAGGAGCACGCCGAGCUGCUGGAGCUGAGAGAGGCGCUCAUGCAGAACGAGCGGUCGUUUGGAUCACAAACGGAAAGAGAUGACUUCCGUGGCAAGAAGCAGACGACACAGUACUACAAGCAGUCGUCCACCCGACGGGUCAGCAUAGCGGCAAUCCCCCGCUCUGGUGGAGCCAACAUGCACUUCGAUGUGUCCAAAGCACAAGAUGGCUCGGAAGCAGAAACGGAGAGACUGACCAGGCGAUCCCCAUGGAAUGUGCCGGGGAAGAGCGCCGCACGCCCCCCACUAAAGCGUUUUGUUAGCUCUGCAGCCUGGGUUGACACUGAAGAGCCCUCUCUCAUGAUGAAGGGGACGGCCUACAACACCGGCUGCCAGUCGGAGGACGAGCCGAAGGACGAGCCGGUAGCAGAGAAGAGGAGGUCCAGUCUCAGUGAGCUGGGCAGCAAACUCACCGCCCUCAUAUUGCCCCUCAAGACUCCGAGCCCCUCCUCCAACCCCACGCCCACAGACCCCGGAUUGGCCCCGUCUCUGUCCCACAGCCUGACCUCUUCCCGGGCAGCUGCAGCAGUAGCUAGAGGUGGCCGAGGUCUCUGGCUUUGGUUGGCGAUGGUGGUGGUGCUAGCAGGUCUCCUGGCUCUGCUGGCCAGCCUGGUGAUGCAGCCAGCGGUCGAUGCAGCCCCUGUGGGGACUGGCGACUCCUGGAUGACCAUCCAGCAGCUGCUGUGGCCCUACACGGGGCUCCGGCAUAACGGACAGCCCCCCGUCUAACCCCCCCCCCCCCCCCCCCCCCCCCCCCCCCCCCCCCCCAGACCCGGGGUGCAUGGUGUUACCGCCCAUUGGACCUCUGCAGAAGUGAUCCGUGCACUGGGGUAGUGAUGAAAGUACAGUGUACAACUUCUGAGUGGAGCCUGUUGGGAUCUUUACUGGUGCCUGAAGAUUCCUUAAACAAGGUUUGCAUUGACGGCAGCACAGGUCAAGCCUCAGGGGCUCGUUAGCCCUUUGGAGGAUGUUGUGCAUCACGUUUGCUAAAUUAGUCUUUGUGUGUGCGUUUGUCUGCGUUUUGAGAGAUGCCGUUGCGCGUGGUGGAAACCAAUGUCCUUUUACAAACUGCUCAACUUCCUCAACACAUUAUGACGCAGCCUUGAUCAUCAGAGCCGGUACAACGUUGACCAAUCAUGUCAUAAGAUCAUCAGAAUGAAGGCUCUAAUGGACGAUGGCUCCAAUUGUGCCACAUGGCUUUUUAGAUACAUUUCAUGCACUUGAGGAAACGGGAGGGGACUGCCAGCCUUUUUAAUGUAGUUUUGCCGAGAAUAUUUUAUAACUUUUAAGUCUGUGAACACUGGUAAUAAAACUUUCAUUCUAAGUGUUUUAAAAAUGUAGAAAUCUAUAUUUAUGAGUUUGUUAGAUUUGAGUGGGGGUUUAUGAAUAUCUUUUUAUUUAUUAAGUUAUACUUCUACAUUGUCACAGUCUUGACACCAAAGGUUAUUUUUUCUUUUCUUUUUUCACUUUAAGUUCUUGCUGUGGUUGUCACGUCAUACUCUUUUGUAUGUUCCAAAGAAGAUGUGUGGAACUUUGCACAAAUAAAGUAGCCUAUCCUACAAUAGAA